AUGAACAACAUUUUAAAUGAUACAGAAAGCCUGCCCAUAUCGCAAGAUCUGAAAAGACAGAAAAUAUCGUUCGACGGAUCUCAAAACACAAAUGGCAUCGGCGGCCUUGCAUCAUCAUCGAGCGGAAAACAGUUCAAAAGAAGUUAUAAGGCUUGUCUCAGCUGUCGUACAAGAAAGAUCAAAUGUGACUUAGGAUCUCCCAGUAAUCCAAUAGAUCCCCCUUGUGCCAGGUGCCGCCGUGAGAGAAAAGACUGUGUGUUUGCUGAAUCCAGAAGGGGAGCAGGCGCCAGAAAGAAGAAGGAUAAAGAUGGCCUUGGAGAUGGAUUGAAACUUCCGGAUAUCAACAGUCUAAUGGGCCAGCGGUUUCCAAAUCCUAUACAAGGAGCUAAUUAUACGAACCCUACGAUUGAACAACAGAGAUCGAUAGUCCAAUCCUACGGAAAAUUGUCUCAGGGAAACAACACAUCUGAAGUAUCAACAAUGCAAGGCGCUUUGUUAUUUCUUGCAAAUGCCGCGGGUACUAUUGCUAAAGCGGAUGAAAGAGAUAGAUUGAUAGGCGGAAAGCUUUCACAAGAUGGUUCUACAGUUACAACAACAGAAAAUAUUGCUCCUAUUCCAUCAAACAGAGAUGCAGAUAUUUUGGAAAUAAUGAACAAUAACAGAAGCCCAACUCCUGAUAUUCAAGAAAUUGUCCCUAAAAUUAGACUAUCUGCAGUGGAGUACAUUGGUGAGGGUAAAAUAUUGAGUGAAAAGGAAGCUACCGACUUGGUUGAUUUCUAUUUUAAUUACAUGCAUCCUUUCUAUCCCUAUAUUACUCCGGAUUUGCACGAUGCAAACGUACUAACCAGUUAUCCUAUUCUUUUAUGUGCUAUUUUGACCAUAUCCUCAAGAUACAAACCACUUAUUGAAGAAAAUGUUCAGGAAAAUGAAGAUACUAAUACAGGUACCGGCAAGCCCGCCAGAAGCCCUCAAGCGGACAAGAGAUUAGAAACUCAUGAAAAAUUGUGGAUUUACUGCCAAAAAUUGGUUUCGCAAAGUGUAUGGGGUGAGGCUUCUACAAGAUCUAUUGGGACUGUUUUUGCGUUUUUAUUGUUUACUGAAUGGAACCCCAGAGCAAUUCACUGGAAAUGGGAUGAUUAUGCCAAUAUACACAGCAUUAUUACAUCGACAAGUGAUGGGAAAACGGCCAAUAAUGGCAAGGACGAAGAUUCUUUAGCAGGAAUCGGUGCAAUGAGAAGAAGUAGCAGAAUGUCCUGGAUGUUGUGUGGUACCUCGAUUAGGUUAGCUCAAGAUAUGGGAUUUAUGGAAAAUAGUUCAAGAGUCUUUGUUGCCACCCAUCUUUCAGAAACUACAAUUGCAAUGACUUGUGGCCAACGAAGUAUGUUAGCUCAGUCUUUGGCAGAAGUAAAUAUGAACGACGAAGCAACUUUUACAGAGUCAUAUCAAAAAGAAGAUGAAAUUGUGUUGAUUGGGGAUGAAGAUGCUUUGAAGAGCGCUAAUCGAGCUGAACAGCCAUUGAAAUUCACCCUCUUUCAGCGAGCCAAUGUGGAGUUAUUGAAGAUCUCUUCCUUGGCUUAUGAAACAUUGUACUGUGGUAGAUCAUAUGCAAUCACCGAUCAGAAGCAAAUUUUGGCAAUCUUAAGUAUCUUGUCUCCUCUUCUUGAAGGUUGGGAGGCAAAAUACAGAAAAUUAUUGGAAUACCAGGACAUCAAAAUUAAUCCUAGUACCCAAUAUUUGGUGAAAAACGCCAUAAAGCUCACCAAGGAUGAGAAGCUGGAUAUUAAAAGAGUCAUGGAUCACGAGUCUCUCAGAUUUGAUUACUAUUAUGCUCAGUUAUACAUUUAUUCAUUGGCUUUGUUCAAUGAGCCCUCUGGUGCUUCCCAGACUUCUUCCAAGAAACAUUUGAGAUUAGAUGAACUAACUAAGGCUUCCAAGUAUAUAGAGUUGGCUUUCCAAGCUGCUAAGGAAAUUUUGGCCACCGCCACCAGAGUUCAUAAAUUAAGAAUGCUUCGUUUCAUGCCCGUGAGAUGGGUGACCAGAAUUGUCAGAUCGGUAGCGUUUGUGGUGAAAUGUUAUAUGACUUUGACAUCCAACAUCAACAAUAAUUAUUCGUCCACUAUAGUCAGUCUUUCAGUUAUUCCGACCGAUGAUAUUGUUCAAACCAUUCAGAAAGCAGCAAUAACUUUGCGAGAAGCCUCCCCCGAUGAAUUGCAUUUGUGUACUAGAUACUCAACAAUCUUGAUGUAUUUGUGCUCCGAAAUGAGAGCUAGCAAAGCCGCUGCUGAUGCACAAUAUAACAAUGUGAAGAAAGCUAACAAGAAAGCCACCAAUACGAAAGAAAGCAAAAAUUCUGACGAUGAUGAUAAUAAUAAUAAUGUUGAUGAGUCGGAAACGGUAGUCAAUUACAAUACUGAUAGCAACCAGCCCCCAAGUACCGUGGCUACCACUAAUGAUACAAGUGUUACUGGGCCUCAACAACAACUACCUUAUCAACCACCUUACACGGAUGCGUCAUCGUCUUAUCAGUAUCAAUAUAAUAGUAACGGAAUGUAUAAUCCUGGACCGAAUUAUGAGCAAAAUAAUAUGAAUAACGGUUCAACAUCGGUGCCUCUGCAUUCGUAUGGUUAUUCUACAAACCUUCCCCAACAAUAUGGCAAUGAUGGUUAUAAUGGACAAUCUAUGUCUGGGACUAAUUAUUCCGUCUACCUUGAUCAAUGGCAAACGUCAAUGCAGAAUUUUGGGCUAGAUUUUGUUGAUCCUUUCACUGAGAGAAUUGAACAGCGGAUGAGGGAUAAUAAUGCUUCAACAGGUACUAUUGGUCCUUCCCAUGUUAAUGGUGACAAUCAGCAAAAGUGA